GCGAAAGCGAAGCAGCGCCCAACCCUGACAGCAGCGGAAGAAGGCCAGAUCACGGGCGGGUCGCAGUGUCGUGGUUGCCGAGCGGAGGACAAAACCACUGACGGCAUGCGUUCACUGUUUACUAGUCUGCUGGUACCACUGCUUGCGGCAUCACUGGCCCAGACCCAGUCUCUAGAAGAACCACCAACAACGCAGCGCCCUGAUUUGUGCAACCAGAGGGAGCUGCAGGAAGCACAUACAUUGCUGCGUAAUGCCGUGGCCAGAAUGGCUGCUGUCCUACCCGAGAGCAUUCCUGUGGCCGGCUUGUCUGCUCCUAGCUACACUUUGUACAACGGCACACUUGCCCCACUGGUACUCACCGACGUGAACGUGACCGCACAGCAUGCCGUAUGUCGCAGUGACGUGCGGCAGUUUCCAUUUGUCAUCGGUGUCGGCAUGAAUGGCACUAUGAGAGGCGUUUAUCACUACCACAGCCCUGGCAACAACGUGACCACACCCGAGGGACGCGGCCGAGUGACCGUGACAUUUUCCGGGGUCUCAUUCAACGGCAAGCUCAGCCAAUGCCUGGUUGGCGGUAACGGCAGUGCCAGCAGCACUUCCUCCUCGCAGACGCCAGCGUGGAGCGUUGGUGUGGCCUUGGAAUCGUAUCCUUCGUUCUCAGGGAUAGCCACGAGUCCGCAGAACUCUCAAGUUAGCGGCGUACCCUACUUCGACAUGAUGCAGGCCGCUGACCGUAGCUUCGUGCCCGUGUUUGCCAAGCUACCCGAAACUCACGUGCUACCCGCCCUGAAGGAGGCACUCGGAGCCAUAUAGCCGGGAACGCCGCCGGCGCCUCCAGUUGACUUCUGUGUUACGUGUCGUCUGAAUAAACACUUCAUGUAUUACAGUUUGA